AUGGAGAGCAAAUGGAGUGGCUUGGUGCUGAUCAUUUCUGUGUGCCUGGGCUCCUACCAAGCCGGGGCCAGCCCCCUCCACGAGUGCGGCGAGCGGCCGGAGGACUGGUGCCGCGACGUGGCGACCGCGGCCAAGUGCGGGGCACUGGAGCUCUGCCGGCUCCAGUGGGACCGGGCGCUGGGGAAGGGGAUCCCCUGUCACCUGUGCCAGGUGGCAGUCUCCCUGGUGGGCAAGAUCCUGCAGGACAACCGCACCGAGGAGAAGCUGCGGCUAUUCUUGGAUAAGAGAUGCCAGUACCUGCCCUUCCAGGACUGGUCUGUCAAGUGCAAGAGGAUGGUGGACACCGGCAUCCUCGUCCUUGUCCAGCUGGGCAAGCAAGUGCUGUCGGACCCAAAGGUGGUGUGUGGGACCAUCAAGUUGUGCCUGCGCCGAGACAGACCCACGGGGACACUGAGGAAUCAGCAGCCACCACCAGCUGCCACAGGCCCCACCCAGGACUUUGAUGACCUCAUCGCCCCCUUCAUGGCCAACGUGCCCCUCCUGCUCCAUCCCCAGGAUCUGCCUCACGGUGAAGCCCAGGAGAUGGAAGAGGUGUGUGGGGACUGCCUGCAGCUGGCGACGGCCGUGCAGCAGGCGCUGGGGACCAACGCUGCUUUCACCUGGGCACUGGUGGGCCACGCCAAGCGGGUCUGCGAGACCCUGACACCCGACCUGGCACAGCGGUGCAAGCGCUCCCUGGCCGAGUACACGGACACGGCUGCCCAGCUGCUGCAUUAUCUGCAGGCUGAGGACCCAACGGAGCUGUGUGGCCAGCUGGGACUCUGUGCCUCCCACUCGGCACUGCCCCUCCACACGCUGCUCACAGAGAGGGUGAUGCAGGUCCUGAGCAUGCUGGGGGACAGGGUGGGAAGCACUCCACUGUGUGACGUGUGCCAGUUCACCGUGAAGACAGUCGAGAGCCUCCUGGAGAACAACGUGACAGAGGAGCAGCUGGUGAACGACAUCGAGAAGGUGUGUUACAUGCUGCCCCACGGCGUCAUCGGGCAGUGCAAGGACUUUGUCAACUCCUAUGGCAAAGCCGUGGUGAUCAUGCUGCUGGAGGCCACCGACCCCGCGGCCGUCUGCACCAUGCUGCACUGCUGCCCCCGCAGCGGGGACACCCGGCCUGAGGCUGAAUCCCUGCAGCAGCUGGCGGCGAGCGCGGGCGCCUUCUGCAACGUCUGCCAGAUCGUCAUCACCUACGUCGACAACGAGCUGCUGAAGAACGAGACGCUGGAGGAGCUGGGCGAGGUGCUGGAGAAGGGCUGUGCCAUGCUGCCCAUGCCGCUCACCAGCAAGUGCCAGGCGCUGGUGUUGCAGUACGAGCCGGCGGCCGUGCGGCUCUUCGUGCAGAUGAUGGACCCCACCUUUGUCUGCACUAAAAUCAGGGCCUGUGACUCAGGCAAGGAGGAUCUGCUGGGCUUGGCCCCCUGUGUCUGGGGCCCGCAGUACUGGUGCAAGAACAUGGCCACGGCGGCCGAGUGCAAUGCCGUCGCACACUGCCGGCGCCACGUGUGGAACUAG